GCCGCUUCAAGAAAUGAUGAUGCAGGAGGAGAGGGAAAAGUAACCGAAACACACAAGAACAGGAAAAAGAGGAAGAGAAAGAGGAAGAAGGACAAGAAGGACAAGAGGAAGGAGUUGGACGAGGGAGUAGGAGGAAGGAGUAGGAAGAAGAAGACAAUCUUUGACUUUGCAAGAUGAAGGAGAUCAUUAGAUAUCAAGGCCUGGUGAUCAGUCUGGCAUUGAUGGUUACAGUGCUGGUACUGCAUCAUCGGCUCCCAGCAAGUGUCAAUCUCCUCGACGUCCUUCCGCACUACCAUGGCAAGUAUCCUAGGUACACAAGUGCUAGCGACAUGGCCGACAGGUUCCAGAACCGACAGGACUUUAUGCCAACUGCUGAUCAGAGUGCUUACCUGUAUGCCCAGCAUGUAGCACAGUCUCAUGUUGGGCAGCUGUUGAGAUGGAGGAACUAUGUCACUCAGCGGAGGAGCAACGCAAGUCCGCAGGAGGAGCGAGCGCAGGCCGAGGAGAUGGCGGACGUGGCGAUGAAGGAGUACAAGGAUGCGAGCAAACAAUUAACCUUCUUGAAGCAGAAAGAAGUAGCUAGGGCAAGACGGAGGAAGCAACUUGAAAGCCAACAGCUGACCUCGGAUGUCGACCGCAUCGCCAACCAGAUCCUACGUGACCAGCAGCUCUCCAGGGUGAAGUCCGACGAGGCGAGAGGAAAGAUCAAAAACGCUGUUCAGACCUUGACGCAAAUGGCGGAGUCAGGGGUGAUCAGGAAGAAGCGAAGUGUCCUGACGCCCGCAAAGACGCUCCUCCGCGCUCAGCCCCCGUUGGAGACGACGACUUUCCAUCCUCUCCCAGAGAACGUGGCCGCAGGACUGCUGUCCCAGAGGAUGCAGCGGGACGAGGCGAACAUCGCGUCACUGUCAAUGGCUGUGAGCCGACUGCGGCAGAAGGAUGCUGAGAUCAGGAACACUCUUGACUGGAGGGGGAGGAGUGCUCAUCGAACGGCGCGGAAGUGA